GGCAGACAGCAGAUGCUACUGAGCACAUAAACGCAAUACUCGACGAGGCAGGCUUACGCAUAGAUUAAUUUAUUUUUCUAAAGCACCAUCUUGUCCACAAUAUGGCCCUUUCUCUACCCUCGCCUCCCUUCCCUGCACUAUCUUCCUCCCCCGACAUGCACCAGUCAUCCAUGGCCGAUGCCUACGUACCUUAUAUCAGGAGACGGGUCUCUCCAGCUCAGCUUAAUGCACUGCAGCACCUUUUCGAGAUUAAAAGUCAUCCAACUCGGCAGGAACGUAACAUGCUCGCUAGCGAGAUUGGCAUGGAUAUCAAAGCUGUGACCACCUGGUUUCAGAACAGGCGCUCGGCGGUCAAGAGGCGCUCCCAUGCUUGGAAGGAGAACGUCCCAUUCACCGAUGCACGCUCUCAGAAACAUGCCCACCGGUUUGACUCGAAAGCUUCCCGCUCAAGUCGUAUACGCUCGUCAGCCUCUCUUGAUCAAGUGGCUGCCCUCUCGGAACGUCCCCAGCCCCCUUCCAUAGCACCCUCUGGGACGAUUGCUUCACCAGUAACACCAAAGAAACGGCGCGUGGGCCCUGCUGCCGAUAAGCAGCUCUGGGAAUAUAUGCAGUCGUCUCCGUCUGGCCCACAGUUAUCCCCGAGCGUUGAAGAAGCACGCAUGUCUAUACUAUUGUCACGAUCAAAGACACGGAGGUCUCUGGAGUGGGCAUGUUUCAAAGCGAGAAGGGGCAGCAAGGCAAACAGCGAGGACCCGGACGAAGACGACGAAACUGCCUCGCUCCCUUCGUUAACUCAUCAUGACACUGACCGGGAAGAUGCCGAAUCAGACGACGAACUUCUCACUCCCGAGACGAGCAUCAACCUUUCUCUUGCCGGGGACUUUCAACCAAUGGAUUCCGAGCUAUCCAUGAUUCCUAACAAAAAGGCCACCCUUGUCGAUCGCCAAUCCGAGGACAUUGAGGCGGCCAUGGUCCUCUUGGGCUUUAUAGGUCGCCAUUGAACACUAAUGAAACAAGGAUAAUGCUGCAUCAACUUCAAUAACUCGGCACUUUUAUUUUAACUCAUGGUAAAUAUUGCCGUGUCGUUUGUGGAUUUAGGAUUACACUGGACUCGGCCUUUCCCAAACAC